UUUCCCCCACAAAGCGGACUGGGAACCCGAAGACUUUCUCCGCACACCUCCUGCCAUCUCUACGGUGACGUGGAAAAAGACCGCAAAUGACAUGCGCAGGCUUCGUCACAUGACGCGACAUGUCAAAUUGGCAUGCAGAAGAAGAAGAAGACGACUCCAUAGGUCUGCUCCCGGGACAGUGACAGGAGACCCAGAGGGAAUGGAUGAAUUUCCUGUGAGGUUUAUAGAGGCACUGUGUCUCGGGACCAGCCUUGCCUUCUCAGGCAUCUGCUAUUAUCUGUACAGGAAGCGUCGGAUAACAGUGGAAAAACUUGAUGAUGCGCCACACUUAGCCAUAGAUGGAUGCCUCAAAGACAUUUUAAAAGUUACUCCAGGAGCUUGUCUGCAAUAUGCUGUCAUUGAAGGUACUGUGCAACCAGUAGGUGAGCCUAUAACCAGUCACUUCCAAAAGGAAAUACAUGGAGUGUUACAGAGACUCAUGUUGAAAGAACACAGGCUGGUGUGGAGCAGUUUGUCACACACUUGGAUGGACAGUGAGCAAAUCUUGCUCCAAAGAGUAAAUGAGGUGCCCUUUGCAUUAGUGGGAACAGAUGAGACCACAGUCAAAGUCCUGUGCCCUCAGCAGGCCUCUGGAGUGCACAUGGAGAUGACCCAUGAAAAGUUUCACCAGAUCAAUUAUGGCUUGGGUGACAUAGUAGGACAGUACCUCAGCGGGGAGAAGCUUAAAGGGCAGCUGGAGACAGAGGAAAUGCUCAAAGUAGGUGCAACUCUCACAGGUGUAGGUGAGCUGACACUAGACACAGACGGCAGCCUGUAUCUUCGGCCUCCUAACGGUUUACAGUACUUCCUGAGCAUAACAGACUUUGACACCCUACGGGGCGAUCAAGAGCGCGCAACUGUUCUGUGGAAGGUGCUGGCCGUUGGCUUUGCUUUGGCUGGGGUGGCAGUCCUGCUAUGGGCGGCUCGACGCCACUACAACCACCUAAAGGUUUGCUGGGAGCGUGCUGCUGUCACAGGCCCCGAGGACCCUCAAGACGGGACAGAGAAUCGCAUAGAGAAUGCCUGUGUGAUUUGCCUCAGUCAGCCACGUAACUGUAUUCUGUUGGACUGUGGGCAUGCGUGCUGCUGCUACAACUGCUACCAGGCCCUUCCAGACCACCGAUGCCCCAUUUGUAGGCAGAACAUC